UCCACUGCUUUCUAAACAAUGACUGAACCAAGGGGCCAGAUGAAGAGUUCAAAUGCUACAAGCAGUGCUGUAAUGGAACUGCAGUCUGCUUCAUUCAACCCUGAUGUCCCAUCUUCUGGCCAGAGCAACUUCAGAAGAGUCAGCCGCACAGAGGACAGCAGUCCCUAUCCGAUCCCCGGGCUGGCGGCAGACAUCCUGCACAUGCGAGUGAAAGAAGGAAGCAAGAUCCGCAAUUUGCUGCGGUUUGCAACAGCUCGCAUGCAAGGAGAGGGGAAAGACAGCAAUGGGACAUUACUGAGACAGGUGGUCUUCACUGGCUCAGGUAGAGGAGUCACCAAGACCAUCACCUGUGUGGAGAUUCUAAAACGUAUAGUGGGAGGGCUCCACCAGGUGUCCAAGCUCUACUACAAGACAGUGAAAGAGGUCUGGGAGAGUCAACAACCAGGAGCACCAGGUAUAACCAUGCAGAAGACAGUCCCUGCCAUCUGUAUCCUGCUCUCUAAAGACCCUCUGGAUCCCCAGGAGACUGGAUACCAACCCCCCCAAACCCUAAGUGUUCCCACAGAGGACGCAGAGAGAGGUAGAGCUCUGAUCAGGCCAGCUCACUGUCCCUUCUCACAGCACGCAGCCAAGCGAGUCUGUCUGGAUGACUGGAGUGUAUUACCGUCUCCAUGAAAGUCUGAGAAGUCUUGUUAACUUUUACAGAGGAGCAAUAGAAAGCAUCCUGAAACAUUACAAGCUGGCAUGAGAUGGGCAGGGCAGGACAGGAGGGCUCUGCAGCGGGUGAAUAAAACAGCUCCAGAGCAUCAGUGAUAUCGAUGAGAUGCAGGUGCCUGCACAGAGCCCAAAGGAUACUAAAAGACAAUACCCCCCUCAACAACAGCAUGUUCACCCUGCUGCUGUCUGGCAAGUGAUACAGGGCACAUCAGAGCUUAUUCUGAUGCAAAAGUACACAAAGUUGGUCACAGUCAUUAUAAAUAUAAACGCUAAGGUUGAUCAAUAGUCAUUAUUCUGUUUUCUACUUUUGGAGUGAAAGCAUGUACGUUUUCAUAGAUUGUUUUUUAUUAAGGAUUUGUUUUCAUCAUAAUGCUGUCCCUUUUUAAAGAUGUUAACAACACUAAAAUAAAUUAACUAUGCAUUUCAUCUUUGGUGUUUUGGGCUGUGAUGGAGAGUGUAUACACAUCUUUAAUUUCAAUAAAAUCAGCAGUUUACAACUUCUAAACCUGGAAUUUUACAGAGAGACAGACCUUUUUUAUUCAUAUUACCACUUGUAUACUGUCAGCAGUCAGUUCAUUUUGAUUCAUGUAGUUAGUGCUUGUUUAAAACAUGUCAUCUGGCAGACCUUUUUUUCUGUGUUGUAGUGAAAUGCACAGUGAAAUGGAAAAAUAAUAGUAUCCAACACCCCAAGCUUUAGGAGUAGCCUACUUAAAUCCCAUUCUCUUAUUAUCAUCCUGACAGAAUAUAGCCUACUGUAUAGGCAACCUUAUCAAAAUAAUCUAAUAGCCCUAUAGCGUUUUGGACUAUGUGUGGUAGCCUACUUAUUAGUAGUGGUCAUAGGUGAGGAAAGUAGCCUACAGCACAUUUACACAGGUCAAUUCAAAGUAAUGCCAUAAUGAUAUAAAUUGGGUGUUGCAUCUUAUAGCAGCUGCAAUGUAUUUUUAAACUGUUUGGAUUUUUUUUUAUAGCAUCCUUAUAUCCUAAUAUUUACUGAACUUUUCUGUGAGAUAAAUAAUAUAUGUAUAAACAUGUCGAUCCAUUUUCCAUCGGGGGCAACUGUCCUUAAAAUAAAAACAGAAAAAUCAUGAAAA